AUGGCGAGUCCUGCCCACUGCUACUUCUGCUUUGAAGUGCUCUCAGCCAGCUUUGAUCAUCGUGAUCCACCGGUCCUACAGAAGGUCCUUGAUGUCUAUGACAAAUAUAUACAACGUGACAACCCCUCCAAAGAUAGGACAUCGGAGGCAACAGUUGAGGGCAAGGCUUCACUAGACCCACUUGACGGCGAGUCAGAUGAGGAAGGAGAUGAAGAUGAAGACGAUGAAGCACGAGGACAAGAAGAGGAACAACGCAUUCAACGCAGAAAUGCGCCAGCUACCGGACCUCAGAAUCCCAGUAUCUCUCGACUGCAGGCCUCGACCUCAUCUUCCAGAUCCUCUUCGGCCUCAUCACCUUCCCUCAACUCGUCAAAUUCCUCCAGUUCACAAGCGACGGCAAGAUCCAGUACCACAUCCAUACUGUCGGCCCAACCAUCUUACGCCUCACGCUUGUCCGUGACUGACACAUUCCCGCUCUUCAUCACAUGGAAUACUCUCUCUCGCUCUGGUCAUAAGUCACUCCGUGGUUGUAUAGGGACUUUCGAAGCCCUUCCACUGGCUUCCGGCCUUUCUUCCUACGCCCUGACAUCUGCAUUUGAUGAUACACGAUUUUCGCCAAUACCAGCCUCCUUAUUGCCAGCCUUGUCAUGCUCUCUAACUUUGCUUGCAGAAUUUGAACCUUGUCGGGAUGCCAUGGAUUGGACCUUGGGCACGCACGGAUUACGAAUCAGUUUUACACAUCGCAGUCGAAGGCACGGUGCAACAUAUCUUCCCGACGUGGCGGUAGAACAAGGAUGGAGCAAGGAGGAAACAGUGGAAAGUUUGAUGAAGAAGGCAGGAUGGGACGGUGGGUAUGGGCAUGGGGUGGCACGUCGGCUUCUACGAGGGUCUAGCAGAGGCGAGCACCAACCGACUAAGCAGCCAUGGGAGGAAGUUAGUGACUUCAGAGUGGUGAGAUAUACUGGACUAAAAUCGAGUGCAAAUUAUCAAGAGUGGCAGGAAUGGCGCAAAUGGAUGGACGAGGCAGGCGAAACUCUGACAUGA